AUGGGUCCUACAGUCAAAGACAAAAGUCUUUCCAGCCUUGGGAAGUUCUUCAUGGGACAAAAAACUCUGCAGAGUUCAGAUGGGUCCCUUUCUGAGGUUGUGCAGAAAUGGAAGGAGUAUCAGCACCAGUGCCAGAAAUACUUGUAUGAGACACCCCCCAUUGUGGCAGAAGGCAAGUUCUGCAACAGAACAUUUGAUGAUUAUGCCUGCUGGCCAGAUGGACUGCCUGGCACCUACGUGAAUGUCAGCUGCCCCUGGUAUCUUCCCUGGGCUAAUGCAGUGCUGCAUGGGCAGGUGUACCGCUUCUGCACCUCGGAGGGGACCUGGCUGCUGAAGGAGAAUUCAACCCUGCCCUGGAGGAACCUGUCUGAGUGUGAGCCCUCUGACCAGGAUGCACCAGAAGAACAGCUCCUGAAUUUGUCCAUCAUAUACACCAUUGGAUAUGCUCUUUCCUUCUCUGCCCUUGUAAUAGCAACUGCCAUUCUUCUUGGAUUCAGACAUCUGCAUUGCACAAGGAAUUACAUUCACCUGAACCUCUUCACCUCUUUUAUCCUCCGGGCUAUAUCUGUUUUCAUUAAAGACUCGGUGGUGAAGUGGAUGUACAGCACAGCCACACAAGAAUACCAGUGGGAAGGACUUAUAGCCUUCCAGGAAUCACUCAGCUGCCGUUUGGUCUUUGUGAUGAUGCAGUAUUGUGUGGCUGCAAACUACUACUGGCUGCUGGUGGAAGGCAUGUACCUGUACACCCUGCUGGUCCUUUCGGUCUUCUCCGAGCAGAGGAUUUUCCGCCUUUAUCUCUGCAUUGGCUGGGGUGUGCCAAUGCUGUUUGUUAUCCUCUGGGGAACUGUCAAGUACCUUUAUGAAGAUGAGGGUUGCUGGACCAGAAACUACAACAUGAAUUACUGGCUAAUCAUCAGACUGCCCAUUCUCAUUGCCAUCGGGGUGAAUUUCCUCAUCUUCAUCAGAGUUAUAUGCAUCAUCAUCUCCAAACUGCAGGCUAAUUUGAUGUGCAAAACUGACAUAAAAUGCAGGUUGGCCAAGUCUACGCUGACUCUGAUCCCACUGCUGGGGACCCAUGAGGUCAUCUUUGCCUUUAUUACUGACGAGCAUGCCAGAGGGAUGCUGCGGUUCGUGAAGCUCUUUACUGAGCUCUCCUUUGCUUCAUUCCAGGGGCUGAUGGUUGCAAUUCUUUACUGUUUCAUCAAUAAUGAGGUUCAGAUGGAGUUUCGGAAAAGCUGGGAGCGCUGGAGAUUGGAACACUUGUAUGUCCAGAGAGACAGCAGUAUGAAACCUCUGAAGUGUCCAGCCAACAGCAUCAGUAGUGGGGGCACAGUAGGCAGCAGUGUCUAUGCUGCCACUUGUCAGGCCACAUUCAGCUGAGAUUUCUGCAGGUGAAUCAGACUGAGAACAAUGAACUGUAUAAUACACCUGAAAACCCUUAAAUACCCAAGCAAGUGGCUUAAGUUUGCCAUCUCCAGCAAGAAACUUAAGCAUAUGCUGCUCAUCGCCUGCAGGCUGUUGGACAGAGGUUUCUAGGGAAAGCAAUCUGCUAAUGUAAUCAACACAUCAGAGGAAAAAUUGGUCACGUCUAAAGUAAGUUAAGAGUUUUUUCCUAUUUGCACAUAAGGCCUCCAGGGGUCCAAAACUUAAACGUAGCAUUGAUCCAGUCUGAAACCACAGGGUCAAUGGCUUAUUACU